AUGGUGAUGGCGGACAGCACUGGUUCAAAUGUCUCUAGUCGGCAGAGAUCGGGGGACCUACUUCACGCUGGCUUGGCAGUGGCACUGUUACUGGGUAUCUGGAGUGUUGCUGGAUUAGAGGUCUCCACAGGAAAAGUGUCCACGCUGGAAGCCAUGAACGGCUCCACAGUGCUGCUGCCAUGUACCUACUCCUCCUGCAUCGGCAUCAAGAACCUCUACUUCAACUGGACCAAAAAUGGAACCAUGCUCUGUGAGGCUGUGAUUCCUAUUGAGGGAGUAGAACCUAAAGUGUCCGUGUUUCAUGAGCGUGUGGAGUUUGUGGGCUCCUCCAAAUCCAACAACAUUUCCAUCCUGCUGUGGAACAUCACCUUUGAAGAUGAAGGGGAGUAUGUUUGCUUCGCCAAGAACCCAAAGGAGAAAAACCGAAACCACAGUGCAAUCUUCACCUUGAUAGUAGUGGACCAAGUGAAGGAGGUUGACAACACACUGACAGUGAUCAUAGUGUCAGUGCUGGGUGGAGUCAUUGGCUUAGUUAUCCUCAUCAUGGUCAUAAAGGCUUUGGUGGUCCGCUUCCUGUGCAAGGGCGACGAGAAGAAUAAAGAGUGCCUGGUGAGCUCAGGGAACGACAACACAGAGAAUGGACUUUCAGGAGCCAAAGGAGAAAAACAAGGGACACCAAAAGCCUGA